UCUACUCGUUGUUUAGUAGGAUAUAAACAGUGGACUCUGUUAGUAGGGCAUUUGUUCUUUCCCGCUGUCAGCGCGUUGAAAGUCAAAGGCUAUUUUUUCUUAAAUUUGUGUCAUUACCUGGAAUUAGUGUGAAUCUUUUCCUGUGGUGAUUUAUCCAAGCCGACCUUGAUAUUUGUCACUAAUAUUUCGACUUGUUUUAUUCAUUAGUGUCUCUGUUAUAUAGCCCUUGUAUUUCCUGUAAGGUCAACAUUUGUCCCCAUUUCAUCGUUGAAUUCCAGUUCUGAGAAAAUGGAUCUCAGCCAGCUCAACGACGACCAAAGAGCUACCCUAAAGCAGUUUCGUGAAGCCGUUAAGGACUGCAAACUUCCAGACUCGGACGAUGUCUAUCUUCUUCGAUGGCUUGUCGCUCGUGAUUUUGAUUUGGCCAAAUCCGAAAAGAUGUUGCGAAACUCAAUGGAAUGGCGUCAGAAAAACCGAAUAGACACAAUCAUAGAAGACUGGAAGGCACCCGAAGUGCUGACUAAAUACUGUGCCGUUGGCCACACCAGUGCCGACAAGUACAAGAGUUACACGGUGGUCGUUCGGUACGGAGCGAUGGACUUGAAGGGCCUCCUCCUCUCCGUCAAGAAGAAAGGUUAUCUAACGCACGUCACUAAAAUUGUGGAGCAGUGCAUCGUGGAAGCUAGAAACAAUCCGGCGAGGUUCACAUCAUCGCCGACGACCAUCAGCCAGGCGGCUCUCAUCUUAGACAUGGCCGGAUUUUCAAUGCGUCACAUCACCUACAAACCGGCCCUUGACACUGCCAUGCAAAUGCUGCAGAUGAACGAGGCAAACUAUCCGGAAUUUCUUCGACGCGUUUUCGUCAUCAACGCUCCAAAGAUUUUCUCCAUUCUGUACUCGUUGGCGAAACCUUUCAUGCACGAGAAGACGAGGAAUAAAGUUCAAAUCUACAGUCACGAUGCUGACCAAUGGAAAGCAGCCCUUUUGGAAGAUUUCGAUCCCCAAGAAUUGCCCGCUUGUUUCGGUGGAACUCUGACCGAUCCCGAUGGAAAUCCCAACUGCAUUACAAUGGUGAAUAUGGGUGGUGAAGUUCCAAAGUCUUACUAUCUGAUGAGCAAACCCGAUACGACCAAUAAGAAUUGUGUGUCCGUCUCUAACGGGUCCAAAGAGCAAUUGGAAUUUCAAGUCACUCAAACUGGAUUUAUCCUAAAGUGGGAUUUCCAUUCGGAAGAAGGCGAUAUCGCGUUUGCCAUUUACCGCAAAGGAGAUGGCCAAAUGAUUCCGGUCGUUCCACACGAACGUGUCGAUUGUCACGUUUCACCGGAAGAAGGCGAAAUCUGUUGUGAUUACGCUGGUGUCUAUAUUGUGGAAUUCGACAACAGUUUCAGCUACUUCCGUUCAAAGAAGAUUUGGUAUUCGAUUUCAAUACAAUCCGCGAAACCUGAUGGUUACCAGAAUGGCUCCCGUCAAUAACGUGGAGUAAAUUCAAUUUAAUCAAAUGCGAACAAGAACAUAACACUAUGUCACUAAAUAAUAAACUGCUUACAAUAUAUUAAA